UUCAUAGACAAAUAAAUAAACAAAUGUCAUUUAUGUUUACGUGAGUGUUCUGUGACGUCAUCGCCGGGCGCCUGUCAAACUUUGACAACUGACGGUGCGAAUAAACUGCUAUUUAUAUCUCUUGACGAGUGAACGCGUUUAAAUGACUGAUAAACAGAUAAACAGAUAAAUAUUUAUCCGAUGAAGAUGCAAACGAAUUAUUGUUUAUGUGUUUGUGUUGUGUUGUUCGGGCUUCACCUGAGUUUCUCUCAUGAUGACACGACCCGUGCAGAUAUAACAGUACAGACCGAUGAAGCUGAUCUGAGAUCAGAGGAUGUAAAGGUUCAGUUGUUUGGUCGAGCUGUGGUACCGGGUGUCAGAACUCUCGACUGGAUCUCAUCUGCUCAGGUUCUGCUGGAUGGAGGCAAACACGUGGGAUUCCUCAGAUGUGAUGGAGGCUUUACUGUCAGUGAUGUCCCGUCUGGAUCAUUUGUGCUGGACAUCUCCUCUCCAACAUACAGAUUUGAGCCCGUGAGAGUGGACAUCAGCAGUACGGGAAAGAUCAGAGCUCGUGUGGUGAACUAUCUGAAGACAUCAGAGGUGAUCCUACAGCCCUAUCCUCUUCAGAUGAGAUACACUGGACUUCAUUCAUACUUUAUAAAGCGAGAGACCUGGGGCUGGUCAGAUUUCCUCAUGAAUCCUAUGGUCUUUAUGAUGGUUCUUCCUCUUCUGAUAAUUGUCCUUCUUCCUAAACUCAUGAACUCCAGUGAUGCCGAGAUGAGAAGGGAAAUGGAGCAGUCUAUGAACAUGCUGAACCCAAACCAUGAGCUUCCAGAUGUUUCUGAGCUCAUGACUAAAUUCUUCUCACCACCCAAAAGUCAAAGGAAGCCUGGACCUGGACCUCGGGUCACAAAGGUUGGAGCUGCUGGUCAAAGGGGCGGAGGUCCGAGACGGAGGUAAUGACCGAAUAAAGGAGACUGAUAUGAGGAUGAUGAUGUCAUCUUUGGUGUGGAUCUUAUUUUAGUUUUAAAACAACAAGUUCUGCAGAUUAUUUAGUUUGUAGGUCAGAACUUGUGAUGUGCCUUAAAUGGAUUAUUUGUGUUCAUAUUUAAAUAAGAUCAUAAAUGAUCAUCAUUCUUCUACUACUGUUUGUUCUUGACUGUAAUUUGCAUAAGCAAAUCUAGUGUACUCGUGUCACACUAUUAAAGUUUGUAAAUAAAAGUCUUGUGUAAAAAAAAUAAAUUAAAUAAUAUAUUUAUUAUAAGUUAUUUAAUGAGAAACAAAUAAAAGUCUUUCUCAGGUC